AUGGUUCGCAGCUCUGUCGCUUCUCUCAUGGCUGUGGCAUUGUGCGCAUACGCCUUGACGGCGGACCCUGGCGGCCAGAAAAACGUCGGCAACGGACAAGGGGGGCAGUUCAUCACCGGGCGUUGCCUUAACAACGCCGACUGCGCGUCGAACUGCUGCGCCCAGGUGAACGGCGGCCAAGGCGUCUGCUCCGGCCCACAAGCCGCUUUCCAGCAGGGCCGGGAACGGGUGUCGGGCCCAGCAGCCAACAACGCCCUGCAUGAACAAUAA